GUAAAAAUAUGGCUGCAUUUCUCGAGAAUUCGUUAUUCUUCUUCAUGGACGACGCGGAGCCGAUUCUGCCGAUCUUCCGGUCCUCCGAUUACGGCGACCCAGGCAGAAUCGUGGAAGUGACAGACGUCAGCUGCGACACGGAAACCACUUAUCCCGCGCAUUUUUCACACAAUGAGUUCCAUCGUCGUCGUGGAGGAGCUGAGACCUACAGAUCGACUCGCAGAAUCACCGAAUGGCCCAACGAGAGAGCAAAAAGAUUCCCUCGCACGACAGCUACGAUCCUGAACGAUAAUCAAGAUAGAAGCGGGCAUCAUACCGAAAGUAAAGCACGACGAAUAAAUCGUGAUUACGAUUAUUACAUCAAUGAUCUGGAUUACGAUUUGGGCGCAGAAAAUCCUUACGACUACGAUUUUGAGCUGUUAAAAAAUGAUCCUCCCAUCGAAUACAAAGACACUUAUUACACGCAAUUCGUCGAUCCCCAAAGUCUGAUCGGAUAUUCUAACCGAAAGAAAGUUCCGCGAGAUACACGGUAUAAUUAUGCAAGAGAACCUGCGAGAAAUAUUCGCGCGAAUCAAAGGGAAAAUGCGUCUUCGCGACAAUGGACUACCGAAAGUGACGAGAGGAACUUCCACGAAGACAUUCGAUCGAGACGAUCGCUUUCGAAUGAGCGAAAGAAACGAACGAAGAUUCUUUCGAAGAGGAGAGAUGAAAAUUUCAAUUGCGAAGAAUUUGGACAUGCAUAUUCAAAGGAUAAGGAUUUCUGGGAUUCUGUUUCAUUGGAAAAUGAAGCAAGUUGCGAAGAAUUGACAGAUCAGACAAAGUUGAUGAAUCGCGAUGAUUUACAGCGAAAAACGUCUUACAACAUCGUCGAUUCGGACAGGGAAGAAUCCGAAGAAACACGACGAGAAAAUAUAUCACCGGAAACUUCGGCUAGGAAUGUGAAAUAUGAAAGAACUUCGAAGAAUGACGGAAUGAAGCCCAAGAGUUUACAAUCGAAUUCUCCGCAUAUUCAAUCGGCGAGGACACCCAUUGGGCAAAUGUCAAAUUUGAAUUCCGCGGGAAAAAAUUCGAUAAAUAUGAGGCCACGUUCGGCGGUCGAAGGAAAGAAAAUCAUUAAUUCUCCAUCCUCCUCUGAGAGAAGGACAGAAAAUACGAAUGCAACAUUCACUCGAACGAACGUCGACGAUCGUCGAUCUCACAUCACUAAACUUUCCAAUAAAACACAGCCGGCAAAAACGUUUAAACGCAUCGCAGAUUCAAACAGCAACGAACGAAUAUAUGCAACGAACGAAGAGGAUAAUGCAAAUUAUAAUCAUAAUAAAAAUCCUUAUUCUCGAAAUUCUGAAAAUAAUAAAAUUGAUCGGACCAACGUGGCUGUUUCGCGAUCAUCAGCCGAGGAGAAGGACGAGAAAACAUUCAGUUUGAGGAUGACAAGUGCUUCGUCGGCUACAGGAACAGAAAAGGAGAAGAAGAGAUUCUUCUCCAGGUUACCCAUAAGAACAUGGAAACGUCUGAGAACGAAAGAACCUGUCGCGUCGCAUCCUGAGAGCAACGAAGAUGCUAACUCAAAGUUUCAAGCAGCGACUACAAAUAACUCGAAUGAUCUGGAGAAGACGAAAGACGACGAAAUCCCGAGCAAUCGUCUUGAAAUGAAACGGAGCAAUCGUUUUGCAAUAGGAUCGAUCAGUGCCGAGAAACCGGAAGUAACUUCCUCCAACAUUAAGAAGACAAAAGGACUCAAGAACUCAAGCACGGCGAGGAAGGUGAGCGAGCAGCAGAAGAAGAGAACGAAUAUCAAGUAAAG